CUUUCCAGAUGGAGAUCAAAUCAGGAUCACAAAAGGGGCAAGAGGCACUAAGGAAAAAGCAUGUGCAGAGCUCAAGCCGAGAGGAUGGUGAUCUACGGAGGCCAUCUGAAUCUCUGCUACACCAUGACCCUGCAAACCGGAAAGAUGCCAGUGGCUUACCUCUUCACCGUGAUGGCAGCGUAAGCUCCAAUGAUAGCCCUAAAAAGGCCACACGGCAGAAUGUAGGGUCUGAUCACAGAAUUGAACACUUGGCCUUAGCCAAAAAUCACCAAGCAAGGGUUGGAGGCAAAGGCAGUGGAAUAUCUUCUCCCUUGUGGCCAAGAAAGAGUUCAACAGAAGGUAGCAACAACUUAGCUCCCUUAAAUCCUGGAAGAUCCCAGAUGAGAUCAGUUACUCGAGGAAAUGACACUCCCAAUCACAGUGCUGCGGUUCCAAAAUUUGGUGAUUGGGAUGAGUCCAAUCCCGCAUCAGCAGAUGGAUUCACUCACGCCUUCGACAAAGUGAGAAAAGAGAAGCUGAAUGGAAAUGGAAUGGAACCAGUUGCCGCAACCCAAAACUCUUCCUCCAGAGUUCGGAAGCGGCAUGACAACAAGACACCCAAGAGGUGUUGGUGCUUUCCAUGGAGCAAGUGAGAUGUGUUUCUCUUUCCUGGAUGAACAUAGUGCAUAGGAAAUAUAUACAUAAAUCAACAGGACCUGAGUCAUGUAUAUUUUUACAUAAUGUUUGAAAGGAAUAAUUUAUUUUAUUAAGUCUUCCUGUAUAUAAUUUAGUUGC